GGGCGCUGCCCAGCUGCUCAGCUGUCCCCGCCGCGUGCCUGUCUCUGUGUCUGUCGCUGUGCCCGCCGUGCGCCCGUCGCGCCUUGGGAGCUGGGCUUGCAGCCUUGUGUGGCCUGCCACCGCCUCCCGCGUCCCGCACCGGGCCGUGGCCGGCCAGCUGCUGGUGAGCGCGAGAGAGCGAGGACCAGGCGGGCGCCGUCCGUCCCAGUGCCCGGGCACAGCUAGCGAGGAGCUAGGCGCGGGGACGCCGGGGAGGCCACGAUGGUGGCCACAUGCCUGCAGGUAGUGGGCUUCGUCACGAGUUUCGUAGGUUGGAUCGGCAUCAUCGUUACCACGUCCACCAAUGACUGGGUGGUGACCUGUGGUUACACCAUCCCCACCUGCCGCAAGCUAGACGAACUGGGCUCCAAGGGGCUGUGGGCCGACUGCGUCAUGGCCACGGGGCUGUACCACUGCAAGCCUCUGGUGGACAUCCUCAUUCUACCGGGCUACGUGCAGGCUUGCCGAGCCCUGAUGAUUGCCGCCUCGGUCCUGGGUCUGCCGGCCAUCCUCCUGCUGUUGACGGUUCUCCCUUGCAUCCGAAUGGGCCACGAGCCUGGCGUGGCCAAGUACAGGCGGGCCCAGCUGGCUGGCGUUAUGCUCAUUCUGCUGGCUCUCUGUGCCAUGGUCGCCACUAUCUGGUUUCCUGUGUGCGCCCACCGUGAGACCACCAUCGUGAGCUUUGGCUACUCCCUGUACGCGGGCUGGAUUGGUGCUGUGCUGUGCCUCGUAGGUGGCUGUGUCAUCGUCUGCUGCUCUGGAGAUGCCCAGUCAUUUGGUGAAAACCGUUUCUACUACUCUUCUGGCUCCAGCUCUCCCACUCAUGCCAAGAGUGCCCAUGUGUAAGAGAGGUGCUGGAGACGCUGGCCCAUGACUCUAGGUUUGCUUGCCACAGUCAGGGAAGCCCACUCCUCUGCCAGGCUCCAAAGCCAAAGGUCUAGAAAAGCAUCCUGUCUGGCGUUUUGUAGUCUUAACACCCACCUCCCCUUUUGUUGCCUUAAAAGAAAUCUUUAGCUCAGAUAAUGCCCACAAAACUUCCUCAAGGUUUUGCCCACUAUUAGCUCUUUUUGUGGGCAUCCUUUUGUUGUUCACUAGUAUAUACACACACACACACACAUACAUACAUACAUACAUACAUAUACAUAUGUUUUUUUUUCUCUCUCUUUUAAUUUUAAGUAUCUUGCAAACAAUGCUGAGUUGGGUGUGUGGAGAGAAAUAAAAGACACUUUUCAAACUGUUACAGAUGACAAUGGGACCCUCAUUAAGAAGCCUCUCUGUUCCCUCCCUCCUCUUCAGCUCCAAGGUCAUUUAGUUAUAAGUGAUAGAAAAAGAGAGAAUUGGGGACAUAGGGUGGGGGAGGGGGAGAAUCUUGGAGCUUUACCCCCAUGGGAAGGUUUCCAUUUUGUAAGUUGAGGGCAAGGGGUGGGGAUCUUUUUUAGUUUGUGAUUUUACAUUUAUCUGUACAUACUUUUUCAAGAUUGAUAAUUUUUAUAACCAUGGUUUUCCUGAAAUUCUCAAUUCAUCAGUAUGAAGGAAAUGAACCAAAUAAACUUAAAUUAUAUGAUAAAUAACAGUACAAGUGAGUAUAACUCUAACUGCCAUUCCACAAAACAUUUUUGAUUUCCAGGUAUGUAUGAUGUGGUUUUUAAUCCUACACUUGCAUAUGCUUCAACUUAACACAUUUUUAAAGCUUUUUUCCAACUUUCUAUUUUCAUUCUGUUAGCCAUCUUGAAGUGAUACUGUUUAACAUAUAUUGUACUGUUGAAUUUGGCUUUACGGGUGUAAACACUGAUGGUGUAUCAGUAUCUGAGACCCCAAACUCUCCAAACAUUGAUGGUGCAUUUUGUUCUUUCAGUGAAAUCUGUGCAAUAAAAUAACAGACUGUCUGCAAAA